GCGCUUCUCCCCUAUAACUCUACAGGUAAUCGUUGCGCAUGCACUUUUUGUGAAACGUCACAGCCAUGUAGGGUAAACGCAACACUUCCUCUUGCUUAACACCUGGAGGAAGAAUAACCUCCUUAAAUUAGUUUAGCAAGUCUAAGAGAAUACCGUGUUGGAUGCGUUCACAAUGACAUUCGCCGUGUCCUCCCUGUGGAGGCCAACUUCACUGAUUUUGUUGGGUUUAUUUCUACGUUGUGAGGCACAAGGAGUAAACACUGAGAUACAGGCUGGGCCCCUGUAUCGUGUGGUUGGUUCUCAGCUCUCCAUCUCCUGCAGUGCUAGUGGCUUCGCCGAUGAAAAGUUGAAAAAAGAUUUUGAAUUCCGCUUGGCUGAUCCUGCACGCCCCACAGUUGAAAUCAACGUCAUCAGCUCCGCAGACCUAGAUUUUAGCUAUAGUCGUUUUAGGACACGCGCACAAACAAAGGCUAUUUCCAUCACGCAUGUUGAUCCAAACUCAGUCAUAUUUGAAAUAAAACACCUACUCAAGCAGGAUGAAGGAGAAUAUGAAUGCACUGUAAUCAAUCCAGAAUAUAACUUGAAUGGAGUCUACACUGCAAAGACAGUUGUUAAAGUGAUUGACGACUCCCUCAGUGUUACAUCUAGUGACUCCACCACCUCGCUGAGUUUUGACGAAGGGGAAUCACUCACUUUGACAUGCCAAGCCUCCACCAACACCAUCCAGCACGUCCAUUUGUCUCUCAUCUGGUAUCUCCGUAAAAAUGGGGCACAAGACGCCAUACCGAUCAUUUCUCUAGACAGAGAUUUCACACUUACUCCAGGCCAGGGCUUUGAGCAGCGUUACAAAGAGGAAGCCAUUAGCUUAGAUAAAUUAGGAGAGGCUGAGUACAGGCUUAAGAUAGCUGAACUUGCGCUGUCAGACCAGGGUCAGAUCUACUGCCAAGCUCAAGAAUGGAUCCAAGAUCCUGAUCGUUCCUGGUACAUGAUCGCUCAGAAGAAUGCAGAGGAAAUUACUCUGACAGUCAAAGCUAAAGUGGUGACAGACACAUCAGCUCUGGGCGUGAAUAUUUCUGCACCGCUUGAACUGCAGGAGGGGCUGGAGCUGUUGCUGCCCUGCAGCAUCAAUGCACAGAACCUCGCAAGGCGGUUCUUCUCUUUAGCGUGGCUCUGGGAAGGAGUUGAGCUGGCCCGAAUCGGCCCAACGGGCAUUCUGACUGUGAAGCAGGAGUACAGUGAGCGAGAGAAAGACGGGGAGCUUAGAGCGACACGAACUGGGAAUGGUAAAUACCUACUCAGACUAAACCCUGUGAGAACUACACAUGGAGGAAAUUAUAUCUGCAGGGCAUGGCCGGAAGAGAGAGGUGAAGAUGGAAACUUUAAACAAGGAGCAGCUCAGGACUCCCAACCCCAGAAUGUCAAAAUCUCACCUACAGAAAGUGAGCUCACCGUGGAAAUGCAAACACCGGUGUCAACACCUCUCCAAGGAGAUAGAUUAAGGCUCAUCUGUAAAGUAGAGGGGGUCAACGGUGGGCUCUCCAUUGCCUGGCAGCGCAAGUCCGCACAGUCACUUGUGUACACCAGCAUCAUCAGUCUAAGUGAGAGUGGCGUUACAGAGAAAGCAGAAGCUUUUGCAAAUCGUGAGGUGAGAGUGACGCGUACAUCAACAAAGAGCUUUGUCUUCGAGCUGGAUAGAGUUGCACCGUCUGAUGCGGGUACCUACGGGUGCGUUGUCUCUGAAACCCAAAACAGCGGAAAAACUCUAAGCCAAAGUGCCAACGUGAUUGUUAAUUCCAUUGAUUCACUGGUGAAAGUGUCACUGAAGAGUCGAACCCCUGUCGUGACUUUAGGAACAGAUGUAGAGUUAAUGUGCAAAGUCUUAAAUCAUCGCAUUCCGGUGACUCUAACUUGGAGCUUGAAGACAGAUGACUCCAACCUAAAUACCAUCCUGGUACUGUACUCAAAUGGUUCCAUCAGCUGGUCCGGAGACCAGCACCGUUACCAAGUCACGGUGAAUAACCGAGCAGACAGUGUCAUGCACUAUCUGAAAAUCCUUGCUGCCAGCCACAGGGAGGCAGGGGUUUACCAGUGUGAGGUGUCAGUUUUCCUGGACAAUGUCCACAAAAAGCUUCCUCCAUCCAACCCUCUGAAGGUGAUGGUACAAAACCCAGCCAGCAAACUGGCCCUCUCUUCUAAGCCAACCAUUACAGAAAGCAUCAACACUGACGUACAAAUUGAUUGCAAAGUUACCUUAAGAACAUCUGAGUCUUCUCUAUAUGCUGUCAGCUGGGAACUCCAACAAGAAGAUGGAAGCCGGAAGACCAUUCUGAGCUCUGACCGUAAUGCUCUGAUUGCUUUUGGGCCCCAGAUCAAGGAGAGUCACAGGCAGCGGAUUGGCAUGAGGCGCACUGAUGGGCCUACUUUCGAGCUAACUAUUCGGCAAGCCAGAAUCUCAGACAAAGGCAUUUAUGUGUGCAAGGUGGAGGAGUUUUUACAGGAUCCUCAGGGAGAAUGGUUUUCACUGUCAUAUGAAAAUUCAACCACAGAUCUAAACGUUAUGGAACUAGAUACAAAUUUGUCCAUUGAAAAGAACGAGGUGGAGAUGAAUGUAAGCAUUGCAGGGGAUUUCUCCAUUCCCUGCCACAUCACCCAACAGUCCAGCAACGAAUCCCAGUUCCAGGUCACAUGGUUUUGGCAGAAAGAUACUGAAGCUAAACCCAUAUUUACAGCUUACAGGAAUUCUACCUUACAAGCCAGGAUUGAGAAUGUCGCAGUAAGAUAUGGUCAUCCCCUCCCUGGCCAUUUCAACCUUAUAGUUUUACAAUCUAAUGCUGAAAACAGCGGCCUAUAUUUCUGUGAGGUAGAGGAGUGGCUUUACUCUUUUGCUUAUGGGUGGAGGAAGGUUGCAGUGGAAAGGUCUGGCAAUUUGAAUGUGAAUUUUGAUGCAGAGGGGAUUGCCAGAGCUGUGUCUGACCCAGCACAGAUGGCUAAUAUUUGGAUGGCAGUAUUUGUAGUAACCAUGUUCCUCUCGUUCUUCAUCAUAAUGGUUCUGGUGGUAAAGAUAUGCAAAAGCAAGACUUCAGGAGGAAAUAAGUCAGCUAACUCUCUCUGGAUGGAACCACACCGUCCUGAAUCCCAAAUGCUGAGCUCUGAAUCACUAAAACUAGGAUAAACCGGAAAAGAAAUGCCUUUUUGACUUAUUAAAUAUUUUAGAAUUUAAAAAGUUUACAAUGUACAUAUUUUUACCAUUAUGUUUUUAUUUAAUUUGUUAAAAUUGUUACAUAGAAAAUGUUUUACAUUCUUAGCCGCUGGGAAUGUUAUGCUUUAUGAAUUAUUUAAACAACUUGAUGCACUGAAAUUAAACAAGCAUUUCUCAGUUUGCAGCAAAAACAUAUUUGCAAAAUCAACUUUUUUAUUAGACUUAAAACUGGAAGAUUAGGGAGGCAACAUUUUAGGUUUAGGUUACAACAUGCAAAAAAAUGUGGAUACAGCUUUUUCAUGGGAUGGCAGCUGAAGCUUUGCGGGUCCAGAACAGCAUCAGCACAUGAAAUGUGAGAUAUUUUUUACCCUUAUAUAUACCACAAGGAAGUAAAAACAAGAAGUUACCUGCGGUUGUGCACAGGAUGACUGCUGACUGUCUGCAAAGCGGUGCUUAUGACAGAUGUUCUCACAAUCAGAGCUUUUUUUUUGUUUGUUUUAAAAAGACACAAGCAUGCAGGGUUGGUUAAAACCUGCCUGUGCAAACAUUAUUGCUUCUCUUAUUUAGCAAUUCUACCGCUAAGACUUGAUGCUGGAAACAUGUCCCAUUUGCAUCAUUAAGUGGGCUUUGUUGCUGAGAAACACAGUGGGUGCCCGUAUAACCUGUUUCUCUUAAUUUUAUAGGUGCAUUUUGAAAAUAAACUGUGUCUGUGAAAUUCGA